AGACUCUCAGGCCUUGGCAAGUGCGUCUUCAGCCCACCCACCUCACACUUUGGGCUCCUCGGGGAGGAGGGGCUGCAGCCCUGACCCACCAUUAGCACAAUGAUCCUCAGGCUGCUCCUGGCUCUCAACUUCUUCCCUUCAAUUCAAGUAGCAGAAGACAAGAUUUUGGUGAAGCAGUCCCCCAUGCUUGUAGUGCACAACAAUGCUGUCAACCUUAGCUGCAAUUAUACCUACAACCUCUUUUCAAAGGAGUUCCGGGCAUCCCUUUAUAAGGGAGCAGACAGUGCUGUGGAAGUCUGUGUUGUGAAUGGAAAUUACUCCCAUCAGCUUCAGUUUCGCUCAAAAACAGGAUUCAACUGUGAUGGGAAAUUGGGCAACGAAACAGUGACAUUCUACCUCUGGAAUUUGUUUGUUAACCAAACGGAUAUUUACUUCUGCAAAAUAGAGGUCAUGUACCCUCCUCCAUACAUAGACAAUGAGAAGAGCAAUGGAACCAUUAUCCAUGUGAAAGAGAAUCAGCUUUGUCCAGCUCACCGAACUCCGGAGUCUUCUAAGCCAUUUUGGGCACUGGUGGUUGUUGGUGGAGUCUUGACUCUGUAUAGCAUGCUAGUAACAGUGGCUCUUUUUACUUACUGGAUGAAGAAUAAGAGAAACAGGAUCCUUCACAGCGACUACCUCAACAUGACCCCCCGGAGGCAGGGGCCCACCCGACAGCACUACUAUCCUUAUGUUCCAUCUCGAGACUUUGCUGCAUACCGCUCCUGA